UUUGCCCCUUCCCUCCGUCGUCCUUCCGCUGCGCCCAUGGCUCCCUGUCACUGCGCAAUGCUCCCACUCUUCUGUAGCCUCGUCUUCUCCAUGGCGGCAGCUGUCGUCGGAGAGACCGGCGGCGACGUCGGGCGCCCGACGCACCUGCAUUUCUACUUCCACGAGAACUUCUCAGGCGGCCCCAACGGCACGACGGUGGUGGUGUCCAAGGUGCGCGGCGGCAGCAAUAACAGCUCGUUCUUCGGCGGUGUGUUUGUCGUCGACGACAUGCUCCGGGAGGGCCCGGACCCGGCGUCCCAACUCCUCGGCCGCGCGCAGGGGCUCACCGUCGGCACGUCACUCUCCGACGGCGCGCUCCUGACGGUGCUUAACUUCGUGUUCACGGAGGGCGCCUACAGCGGCAGCUCCCUGACGCUCCUCGGCCGCGCCCUGCUGGGCACGGUCAUGGAGAGGCCCAUCGUCGGCGGCACGGGCGUGUUCCGGAUGGCGCGCGGGUAUACGCUUAGCAAGAUGGUUCAGUCGCCGGACCCCAACAACUUGCUUGUCCUGGAGUACGACGCCUACAUUUGGCACUAGCUAGGAGCCGAUUCUGCCAUGGGGUGUCGUCUUGAAGUUUCGGAUGUGUGUAAUUGUGUGUAAAGUCACCAUGAAUAAAGAUGCUUCGUUGCGAUGUGAA